AGCUACCGCGAGAUACUGCUAACCUCCUGUCUCGUCAGCCGGCAUGAGUUUCUUGCUGCCUCAGUUAAAAAGCAAAAAGGAGGUGGAUGAGGUGAUUAAGACCGUGGCGGAGAAAGUCCUAGUUCUUCGCUUUGGUAGAGAUGAAGAUCAUGUCUGCCUGCAAUUGGAUAACAUUCUUGCAAAAACAUCUCAUGAUUUGAGUAAAAUGGCUGCAAUUUAUUUAGUGAAUGUAAGCAAGGUUCCAGUGUACACCCAGUAUUUUGAUAUUAGUUAUAUUCCAUCAACUGUCUUCUUUUUCAAUGGGCAACACAUAAAAGUGGAUUAUGGAUCUCCAGAUCAUACCAAAUUUGUGGGAAGUUUCAAAACAAAACAAGACUUCAUAGAUUUGAUUGAAGUGAUCUAUCGUGGAGCGAUGCGUGGAAAACUCAUUGUACGAAGCCCAAUUGAUCCAAAGAAUAUUCCGAAGUAUGAACUUCUCUACAAAGACAUUUAAAUGCCCUUUCUGGAAAUAAAUGAAAGUUGGAAUGGGCACAUCCUAAGACUGAUUAUGCCAUGGCUUAUUUGAACACGUGUCCCAACUAAGUCAGCAAAAAGAAGUAAUCUUAAUCUUUGCAUGAUCAUAUUGGUCAAUAUUAAAACAGACAGAUUUUCUGUCAUUAUUUUCCUUAAAGUUAUGUAUGUCAUCAAGUUGCUGAAUUGCUAUUGUU